AUGGCCGCUGAAGGGCUGUCAGUAGAGUACCUGUCUGCCGGUGCUAACAGGCAGACUUCGGUUGCAGACUGGAGCAAGACUGGCUUGUUGGCUUUUGGAGCCGAUGUGAAUAUUGCCCUCUGGCGCCCGACCGCUCAUCCGCCUCGCGGUAUUGAGCAUAUUCUUAGUGGCCACAAAGAAACGGUCAAAGCAGUAGUAUUUCUGCCUGAAAGCGACGAGGAUGGCUCGAGCUACAUCGCGUCAGGCUCCGAUGACAAGACUCUCAUCUUCUGGAAGUCAAAGGGUCAUGGCCACAACUUCGAAGCUGUCCAGUCGUCCUCCGAACAUACUGCUCCUGUAAAUUGCGUCGCUGCCGUGAGGAUUGCUGGCGAACCGGCCAAAUGGAUUGUCGCAACGGGAGCAGCGGACGCAACAAUCAAGAUCUGGUCUUUUGAGAAUGAUCAACUGCAACUUCUCCAAUCCAUCAAGACAACGCCGAAAUUCUUUCCUUUAACUCUCUCUUUGGGUAUUAUUGACGGCGACGUGCUCAUUCUAGCGGCUGCUGGCACGCGCGAGACCGUCCAGAUCCUCACGGCUGAUCUCAAUACUCCAAGCAUGGACUUUAGUGUGCAAGCGACCCUAUCUGGACACGAAGGCUGGGUACGCUCGUUGAGUUUUACAAAAGAGACAAACGAAGCUGGUAGCGAUCUUCUUCUGGCAUCAGCCAGCCAAGACAAGUACAUUCGUAUUUGGAGAAUUCACCAAGGACAAGAGCUACCGGCUCUAGCAGCAGCCGGGUCAGAUCCCCUCAGCGGUGCGUUUCUUCCUGGGAAAUCUCCGUCAAAUAAGGCACACCAUUUGAAAGCCGCAGGCAAAGACUUUUCCGUGACGUUCGAAGCAUUGCUGCUCGGCCACGAAGAUUGGAUUUAUAGCGCAAGAUGGAAAACGCGUGCCGACGGCAAGCUGCAACUUCUCUCAACCUCUGCCGACAACUCUUUGGCAAUUUGGGAAGCUGAUCCCGCCUCUGGCAUCUGGGUUAGCAUGGCAAGGCUGGGCGAGAUCAGCAGAGAAAAGGGGGCCACGACAGCAACUGGCAGUACCGGCGGUUUCUGGACUGGGCUGUGGUCGCCGCUCGGCGACUCUGUUGCUUGUCUUGGAAGGACAGGAAGCUGGAGACGCUGGGAACACGAUUCCUCAACCGAUACGUGGAAGCCAUGUGUCGCCAUUACUGGUCACACCAAGGCAGUGACUGGCAUUACUUGGGCCAAGGGCGGCGACUAUCUCCUGUCAACAAGCUCUGAUCAGACAUCACGAUUGCAUACCAGAUGGACGGCAUCUGGCGCUGGCACGUGGCAUGAAAUGUCUCGGCCGCAAAUUCACGGAUACGACUUGAACUGCAUUGACUCACUGGGGGACUCUCAAUUUGUCUCUGGUGCUGAUGAGAAGCUCAUGAGAGUGUUCAGCGAGCCCAAGGCAGUUGCGACACUACUCAACAAUCUUGCAGGCUUUGGCCAUGAGAAUGUGGAAAACAUGCCAGAUGCGGCUAAUAUGCCUGUUCUUGGUCUUUCCAACAAGGCCAUUGAUACGGUGGAUGAUGACCAAGAGAUCCAACCCAUCGAUGACCGCGACCGAGAAGCGGUGGAUCCUGCCUCGGUGGUCAAGAAGUCAUACCUGGAAAUCGACCACCCGCCAUUCGAAGAAACCCUUUCAAGACACACUCUGUGGCCAGAGGUUGAGAAGCUAUAUGGCCACGGCUAUGAAAUCUCAUGCCUUGCAACCAGCCAUGAUGGCAAACUCAUUGCCAGCGCCUGCAAAGCCAGCUCUACCAACCAUGCCGUGAUUCGACUGUUUGAGACGGAGAAGUGGACAGAAAUCCGACCACCGCUCGUAGCACACUCUCUGACGGCCACUCGACUCAGGUUCUCAGGCGACGACAGGUACCUCCUCAGUGUCGGUCGCGACCGGCAGUGGGCUGUGUUUGAGAGAAAUACUGGCAUCGACGCCAUGUACGAGCUGCUCCAGUCAAAUCCCAAGGGCCAUAGCAGAAUGAUUCUUGACGCUGCCUGGGCACCGACACAAGCGCCUCUCUUUGCCACGGCAGGCAGAGACAAGCAGGUUAGAAUUUGGUCUUCACAGGUGGGAGAAGCCGGGAAGUUGCACUUUACUCAAACCGCCAGUCUUGCCUGCGGUGGUUCGGUCACAUCUGUCGACUUCGUAUCAACUAUUGUCGGGGGAAAGCUGGUUUUGGCGGUCGGGACGGAAGCGGGCAAGGUCAGCAUCUGCUUAGUGAAUGAAGAUGGUUUGGCAGUCACUGAAUUGCCAUCACAACCAGAGUUGAAUCUUCCCAAGACAGUUCUUCAAUUGGCCUGGAAACCAAUCCGCAAACCCGACGAGUCUGGCUACACACUAGCAGUGGCUGGUGAUGAUAGCUCUCUGAGGCUGAUUUCGUUCAAUGAAUCCUAUUUAUGA